UAAUCAGGAUCAGCAGCCAUGAAUGAGAACCCAGCCCACAGGAGCCUGGUCAGUGACCAAGACAUCAGACCAUAACGGGGUCACAAAGACGGAACCUGUCGGAUGAAACACGGGAAACCGAGGCAACGUUUGUGGGAAUAACUUUGACAGGAAGGCGGCAGACCUUCCUCAGACCUUCAGCUGCCCCUCCUCUUCGUCUCUUCUGUCCUGUCAGCUCAGGAGGAGUGAGGUAUCCUCAGACGAGACAGCAGCAGUGAGUUUUCAUGGAGGCGAGUCUCCAGAAGAGUCUUGACGGAUGAUGAAAGUUUCCCACCGCCGUUCUGCUGCGCCUCUCAAUCCCUGCCAUAACCCACACCAGGUGACCUCUGAUGUCCUGGACUCAACCAGCAGCUGAAUCAUGGUCAUUCUGCAGCAGGGGGACUAUGUGUGGCUGGACCACAAGACGGGCCGAGAGUUUGACGUUCCCGUGGGAGCCGUGGUCAAACUGUGCGACUCUGGACAGAUCCAGGUUCUGGAUGAUGAAGGACAGGAACACUGGAUUUUCCCCCAGAAUGCCACCAACAUUAAGCCCAUGCACCCGACCUCCAUCCACGGGGUGCAGGACAUGAUCCGACUGGGCGACCUCAACGAAGCCGGCAUCCUCCGAAACCUGCUGAUUCGCUACAAUGAACACGUCAUAUAUACGUACACGGGCUCAAUCUUAGUUGCAGUCAACCCCUACCAGCUUCUGCCCAUCUACACUGCAGACCAUAUCCGCCUCUACACCAACAAGAAGAUCGGUGAGAUGCCACCACACAUAUUCGCCAUUGCAGACAACUGCUACUUCAACAUGCAGCGGAACAACAAGGACCAGUGCUGCAUCAUCAGCGGUGAGUCUGGAGCCGGCAAGACGGAGAGCACCAAACUGAUUCUGCAGUUCCUGGCAGCCAUCAGUGGUCAGCACUCCUGGAUAGAGCAGCAGGUGCUGGAGGCCACGCCCAUUCUUGAAGCUUUUGGGAACGCCAAGACGAUUCGGAAUGACAACUCCAGCCGCUUUGGGAAGUACAUCGACAUCCAUUUUAACAAGCGGGGAGCCAUCGAAGGAGCCAAGAUAGAGCAGUACCUGCUAGAGAAAUCUCGUGUUUGUCGACAGGCUCCUGAUGAGAGGAACUACCAUGUUUUCUACUGCAUGUUGAAAGGCAUGGCUCCAGAGAUGAAGGCUAAACUGGGACUGGGCCUUGCCACCGACUACUCCUACCUCACCAUGGGUAACUGCACAGAGUGUGACGGCCGCAACGACCUGCGAGAAUACUCCAGCAUCCUGUCAGCCAUGAAGGUCCUCAUGUUCACGGAGACGGAGAUCUGGGAGAUUUCCAAGCUGCUGGCUGCCAUCCUGCACAUGGGCAACCUGCGCUUUGAAGCUCGAACCUAUGACAACCUGGACGCCUGUGUGGUUGUAAGAUCUCCUGACUUGGUGACUGCUGCGUCCCUUAUGGAGGUGGAGCCUAAAGAUGUGAUGGUGUGUUUGACCACCCGAACCCUCAUCACCCGAGGUGAAAGUGUCACCACGCCCCUCAGCAUGAAUCAAGGCCUGGAUGUCAGAGAUGCCUUUGUCAAGGGGAUCUACGGGAGGCUGUUUGUCUGGAUCGUGGAUAAGAUCAACGCCGCCAUUUAUCGGCCGCCGUCCUGCGAGAGCAGUCUCAUCAGAAGGUCGAUGGGUCUGCUGGACAUCUUCGGCUUUGAGAACUUUUUUGUGAACAGCUUCGAGCAGCUGUGCAUCAACUUUGCCAAUGAGAAUCUCCAGCAGUUCUUUGUUCGCCACGUGUUCAAACUGGAGCAGAAGGAGUACAACUUGGAGGACAUCAGCUGGCAGCACAUCGAGUUCACAGACAACCAGGAUGCUCUGGACAUGAUCGCCAACAAACCCAUGAACAUCAUCUCCCUCAUCGAUGAAGAGAGCAAGUUCCCCAAGGGAACAGACGCCACUAUGUUGUAUAAGCUCAACUCUCAGCACAAACUGAACUGCAACUACAUUCCUCCAAAGAACAGCUACGAAACCCAGUUUGGGAUCCAACACUUUGCUGGAGUGGUGCAUUAUGAGUCCAGAGGAUUUCUGGAGAAAAACCGAGACAGCCUCCACACCGACAUCAUCCAGCUGGUGCACUCGUCCAGGAACAAGUUCAUCAAGCAGAUCUUCCAGGCGGAUGUUGCCAUGUUUCUGUGUGGCUAUCAGCAGCCCAGCACCCCCACUCCCAAGGGCGUCGAGACGAGAAAGCGCUCGCCCACUUUGAGCAGCCAGUUCAAGCGCUCUCUGGAGAUGCUUAUGAGGACGCUCAGCGUCUGCCAGCCAUUCUUCGUCCGCUGCAUAAAACCCAACGAGCUGAAAAAACCCAUGUUGUUUGACCGAGAGCUGUGCAUCCGUCAGUUACGCUACUCCGGAAUGAUGGAGACCAUCCGGAUCAGGAGGGCAGGUUAUCCCAUCAGGUACAGCUUUGCAGAGUUUGUGGAUCGGUACCGAGUCCUGAUGCCCGGAAUCAAACCAUCUCACCUUCAGGAAGACUUGCGGGGAACAUGUCAGCAAAUACUCACGGCCCGGCUGGGUAAACAUGAGGACUGGCAGAUUGGAAAAACCAAGAUUUUCCUAAAGGAUCAACACGACAUGCAGCUGGAGAUCGACAGGGACAAGGCCAUCACCAACAAGGUCAUCCUCAUCCAGAAAUCUGUGCGCGGACUUCAAGCCAGAAAAAACUUCCUGAGGCUCAGAAGUGCUGUCACCGUUCUCCAGAAAGCCUGGAGAGGUUAUCAGUGCCGGAAGAAAUACAGAAUCAUGAAGACCGGCUUCCUGCGCCUUCAGGCCGUCUGCAGGUCCAGGAAGUACUACAGGAGCUACCGGAAAACCCGCCUUCGUGUCACGCUCCUCCAAGCUCGCUGCCGAGGCUUCCUGGUCCGGCAGGCCUUCGCGCGGCAUCUGCGUGCCGUCUUGACCAUCCAGGCCUACACCCGGGGCAUGAUAGGCAGACGCCUCUGCCAGAGGCUCAGGGCGGAGCUGCAGCGUCGCCUCCAAGCCGAGCGCCAGCGUCUGGCCGAGGAGGAGCAGCUGAGGAACCAGAUGACGAUGCGGCGGGCCAAGGCGGAGGCCGAGAGGAAACACCAGGAGCGGCUGGUCCAGCUGGCCCAGCAGCAGGAGGAGAGGGAGCGGGAGGUGAAGGAGGAGGCCAGGAAGAAGAAGGAGCUGCUGGAGCAGAUGGAGAGGGAGAAGGACCAGCCUGUGGACCACUCCGACAUGGUGGACCGCAUGUUUGGCUUCCUCGGGGAUUCUGGGCCGUUACCCAAUCAGGACGGACAAGCCCCAACCGGAUUUGAAGACCUGGAGAGAUCUGCUUGCGCAGAAGAAGAGGAGGUGCUGGGUGAAGGUCUGCGGUUACCGGAGGAGGAAGAGGAAGACUUGUCGCAGUUUAAGUUCUCCAAGUUUGCCGCCACCUACUUCCAGGGCGUUUCCACCCACACGUACAUCCGACGAGCUCUGAAACAGCCUCUGCUCUUCCACGAGGACGAAGGAGACCAACUGGCGGCGUUGGCGGUGUGGAUCACCGUUUUGAGAUUCAUGGGCGACCUCCCGGAGCCUAAAUGCCAGCUGGUCAUCAACGACGGCAGCGAGAAGAUCCCGGUCAUGACGAAGAUCUACGAAACUCUCGGAAAGAGGACCUACAAGAGAGAGCUUCAGGAGCUCCAGGUGGAGGAAGAGAACAGCUCAGCAGACGUCCAGAAGAGGAACAGCGUCAGGCAUAAACUGGUGUCUUUAACUCUGAAGAGGAAAUCCAAGAUCACAGAGGAGGUGGCCAGGAGGCUGACGGAGGGCGGAGACUACGCCCUUCAGGGGAACAGCAUGCUGGAGGAGCGACCCACCUCCAACCUGGAGAAGCUACACUUCAUCAUUGGAAACGGCAUCUUACGCCCCACCCUCAGAGAUGAGAUCUACUGUCAGAUCUGCAAGCAGCUCAGCCAGAACCCGUCCAAGAGCAGCCACGCCCGCGGAUGGAUCCUGCUGUCUCUCUGCGUGGGCUGCUUCGCGCCCUCCGAGAAGUUUGUCAAAUAUUUACGGACAUUUUUAAAAAACGGGCCCCCUGGAUACGCUCCGUACUGUGAGGAAAGGCUGAGGAGGACGUUUGUCAACCGUACACGAACGCAACCGCCGUCCUGGUUAGAACUGCAGGCCACUAAGUCUAAGAAACCCAUCAUGCUGCCGGUGACCUUCAUGGACGGCACCACGAAGACCCUCCUGGCGGACUCGGCCACCACAGCCAGCGAGCUUUGCAACGCCCUGGCGGACAAGAUCAACCUGAGGGAUCGCUUCGGCUUCUCCCUGUACAUCGCUCUGUUUGAUAAGGUGUCAUCACUGGGCAGCGGCAGUGACCACGUCAUGGACGCCGUCUCCCAGUGUGAGCAGUAUGCAAAGGAGCAGGGCGCCCAGGAGAGGAACGCCCCCUGGAGGCUGUUUUUCAGGAAGGAGAUCUUCACUCCGUGGCACAGCCCUGCAGACGACUACGUUGCCACAAACCUCAUUUACCAGCAGAUCAUCCGAGGGGUCAAAUUUGGAGAGUACCGCAGUGAGAGGGAGGAUGAUCUGGCAGAGCUUGCUUCUCAGCAGUACUUUGUGGAUUAUGGCUCUGAAAUCCUUCAGGAGCGCCUCCUCAGCCUCAUCCCAUCCUACAUCCCCGACCGAGAAAUCACCUCAACUAAGACUGUAGAGAAGUGGGCUCAGCUUGUCAUUAGUGCCCACAGAAAGGGACUACACAACAAAAGGAGGCUUGAUACUCAACAAGUGAAGGAGGAUGUGGUGGAUUUUGCUCGGUUAAAGUGGCCUUUACUCUUUUCACGUUUCUACGAGGCCUUCAAAUUUUCUGGGCCCAGUCUUCCUAAGAACGACGUCAUCGUGGCGGUAAACUGGACGGGAGUUUACUUUGUGGAUGAACAGGAGCAGGUUCUUCUGGAGCUGUCCUUCCCGGAGAUCACAGCCGUCUCCAGCAGCAGAGGGGGUAAACUCCAAGGUCAGAGUUUUACUUUGGCAACCAUCAAAGGAGAUGAAUAUACAUUCACCUCCAACAAUGCGGAGGACAUCCGUGACCUCGUGGUCAACUUCCUCGAGGGUCUUAGGAAGAGGUCGAAAUAUGUUGUGGGGCUGCUGGACUAUCCCAACCCUGCAGGGGCAGAUUCCAACUUCCUGAGCUUCUCAAAGGGGGAUCUGAUCAUUCUGGAUGAACACGACGGAGAGCAUGUGAUGAACUCUGGCUGGGCUCACGGCAUCAACGACAGGACCAAACAGAGAGGCGAUUUCCCUGCAGACUACGUCUACGUGCUGCCCGCCAUCACCAGGCCGCAGUAUGAUAUCGUGGCUCUUGUGACGAUGACACCCGAUCAAAGGCGAGAGUCCAUCAGUUUGUCCCAGAUGAGCCUCUCUGAGAAGGAGCUGAGAUCGAAGGCGUACACACUGGAGGAGUUCUCCUACGACUUCUUCAGGCCUCCUCCGAAGAGCACUCUGAGCAGAGUGAUGAUCUCCAAAACUCGAGGGAAGGAGCGACUGUGGAGCUGCAGCAGAGAGCCUCUGAAGCAGCCUCUGCUGAAGAAAGUCUUGGCCCACGAGGAGCUGUCCCAGGAAGCCUGCCUGGCCUUCAUAGCUGUGAUGAAGUACAUGGGCGAUUAUCCGUCCAAGCGGGUGCGAUCCGUCAGCGAACUCACAGAUCAGAUAUUUGACGGAGCGCUGAAGGCGGAGCCUCUGAAGGACGAAAUCUUCUGUCAGAUUCUCAAACAGCUCACGGAUAAUCACAUCAAAUACAGUGAGGAGAAGGGCUGGGAGCUGCUGUGGCUCUGCACAGGUUUGUUUCCCCCCAGUAACGUCCUGCUGCCGCAUGUCCAGAAGUUCCUCCAGGCCAAGAAGCACUACCCUCUGGCUCCAGACUGCAUGCAGCGGCUGCAGAAGGCCUUACGGAAUGGCUCACGAAAGUACCCCCCUCACCUGGUGGAAGUGGAGGCCAUCCAGCACAAGACGACUCAGAUCUUCCAUAAAGUUUACUUCCCUGACGACUCGGAUGAGGUUUUUGAAGUGGAGUCGAGCACGAAGGCCAAAGACUUCUGCCACAACAUCUCUGGACGGCUGAUGCUCAAAUCCUCCGAGGGCUUCAGCCUGUUUGUCAAAAUCACAGAUAAGGUCAUCAGCGUGCCGGACGGAGACUUUUUUUUCGACUUUGUCAGGCACCUGACGGACUGGAUCAAAAAAGCGAGACAUGUGAAAGACGGAAGUGCUGGAGUCCUGCCUCCUCUGACCUACCAGGUCUUCUUCAUGAAGAAGCUGUGGACCAACACGGUGCCCGGCAGAGACACCAUGGCCGACUCCAUCUUCCAUUAUUACCAAGAGCUGCCCAAGUAUCUGCGUGGAUACCACAAAUGCUCCAGGGAGGAGGUCCACCAGCUGGCGGCGCUGAUUUACAGGGUGAAGUUUGAGGAGGACAAAUCUCACUUCCAGGAUGUUUCAAAGGUCCUGAAGGACCUCGUCCCUCAGGACCAGAUCAGACUCCUGUCCCCCGAUGACUGGAAGAGGUCCAUCAUGACGCUGUACAACAAACACUCAGGGAAGACGCGGGAAGAUGCCAGACUCUCCUUCCUCAAAGUCAUUUACAAAUGGCCGACCUUUGGUUCUGCCUUUUUUGAGGUCAAGCAAACAACUGACCCAAAUUACCCAGAAACCCUUUUGAUAGCCAUCAACAAACACGGCGUGAGUCUGAUCGAUCUGAAGUCUAAGGAGAUCCUCAUCACCCACCCCUUCACCAAGAUCUCCAACUGGAGCAGCGGGAACACGUACUUCCACAUCACCAUCGGAAACCUGGUCCGGGGCAGCAAGCUGCUGUGCGAGACGUCCCUGGGUUACAAGAUGGACGACCUCCUGACCUCCUACAUCAGCCAGAUGCUGACCACCAUGACCAAACAGAGAGCAUCGCGCGGCAGCAGCAAGUGAGCGCACAGCUCCACCCUCCCCGCCAGUGGAGUCUCGCCCCGUCUUAAAAACUCACCUUCUGCCUUUACCUGGACUUCCUGUGAACUCCGCCCAUCCUCCCUGUAGGAGGAGCCUCAGUUUCAAUCCGCUCACAAUAAUAAAACCGAGUUUGUUUCAGUUUCUGGGAACAUCUGUUCAAUAGGAUGUUUGUCUUCAGGAUCUUUUCCCUUCUUUUACAUAGUUGUGCUGCAGGAUUAAAUCGCUCUGUCUGACAGGCUCUUUUCAAAAUAAAAGCUUUUAUCUAAUGGUAAUUCAGAUUUACAGAAAAUUACUACAUUUGUUGGUGUGCAGCAUCUGUCUCUAAUGAUAUGUCUUUGUUUUAAUUAUUAAAAUGUUCAGGUCUGUUUUA